UCAUCAAAAUGUCAGAUGUACGUUUGAUAUUUUUUUAUAGACGUCACUUAACUCUACGUUGUCAGUGUGCAUUUUAUUUAUUUUUUUAUAGUUUCCAACUUUUAAAUUAAAAAUAUCAACAUGGCCAUCUACACUAGUUGACAAUUUUUUAUUAAUUAAUCAAAUAUAAGUGUUAAAUUUUGUAAAUAAGUUAUCCAAGAACAAUUAUAAAUUUUAUCAGUGCUAUCUACGUAAUUUUCCUUCAUCUUUCAAUAUAUAUUCGUGUAAUUAAUUCAACUUAACACUAUAAUCAGCAAAAAUGACGAUAAAUACUGAUGUGUACGAUGAUUUGUACUUGUAUGCAACUCCUGAAAAAUUUUACAUAGAGCCAGUAGGAACUAAAGUAUUACUUGUAGUUGAUAGAGUUAGUCAACAAAUUUACACACAAGCUGGUACAGCGAGUCAAAUUCCCCAAACGGCGAGUAGGCGAAAAAUAUGGGGUAUCGUGGGAACUAUAAGGCUAUUAGCCUCUCGUUAUCUCGUUGUCAUUACGAGUGCAGAAAGAAUUGGCACGAUAGCAGGACAAACAAUUUUCAAGAUAGUUUCAACCGAAAUUAUACCCUAUGCAAGAUCGUUGCUACAUUUAAAUGAACGACAGAAGCAAAAUAAUGCCACGUAUCUGGAGAUGAUCAAAUCCGUGUUAAAUACACCUCACUUUUAUUUCAGUUAUACGUAUGAUCUCAGUCAUACAAUGCAAAGGUUACACAAUACGAAUCCAGAAUUUUUACAGAUGCCACUUUACGAUAGAGCAGAUCCUCGAUUUGUAUGGAAUUCGUACAUGUUGCAGGAAUUAACUUCCAGACCAGAGCAGCAUAAAUUCUGCUUGCCAAUUAUUCAUGGUUUUGUUUCAUUGAAUACGAUUGUGAUCAAUGGCAUUGCAUUUAACUGGGGAAUUAUUUCACGAAGAAGUAUUCAACGAGCUGGUACAAGAUUAUUUUCUAGGGGAAUAGAUGGAAAUGGCAAUGUUUCAAAUUACGUUGAAACAGAACAAUUAAUCGAAGUGAACGGCGAUCGGAGUUCCUUUGUACAAACUCGUGGAUCAAUUCCACUUUAUUGGCAACAAGCGCCAAACCUCAAGUACAAACCAAAGCCACAAUUAAUUCCUCAUGAAGAUCAUCAAACCGCAUGUACAAGACAUUUUGAAGCACAAAUAUUUCAUUAUGGAAAACAAAUUCUAGUUAAUUUGAUCGAUCACACUGGAGCAGAAGGUGAAUUGGAGAGAGCAUAUCGUGAUAUUGUGAAUCGAAUAGGACAUCAGGAUGUGCGACUUGAAUCCUUUGAUUUUCAUGCCGAGUGUCGAAAAAUGCGAUGGGAUCGACUGACGAUUUUGAUGGAUCGAUUGGCUCAUGAUCGAGAGCAGAUUAGUUAUUUUUUAUUGACUAGAGACGGUGCAUUGCUCUCGGUGCAAGAUGGUGUUUUUCGCACUAAUUGCAUCGAUUGUCUGGACAGAACGAACGUCGUUCAAAGUAUGCUCGCCAAGAGAGUACUCACUGAUGCUCUAUCUAAACUGAAGGUUCUCAGAAGUGUGGAGGAACAUCCACAGUUGGAAAAUUUAUUCAAACAGGUAUGGGCCGACAAUGCGGACAUAAUAAGUAUAGAAUACUCUGGAACAAGUGCAUUGAAAACGGAUUUUACUCGUACAGGUAAACGUACGAAACUUGGGGCAAUAAAAGAUGGCAUCAACUCGAUGACGCGAUAUUAUAAGAACAAUUUUGCUGACGGUUACCGACAGGAUUCAAUUGAACUCUUUUUGGGACGUUAUGUAAUUCAAGACGACGAGUGUUCAACGAGAAAGUGUCCUCUCGAAUCAGAGAGAAAUUGGCGUUACGCUACAUUCCCACUUGUUCUAUUGGUCGCAUCGGCCAUGCUAGUUGCACAUGUUAUUCUACCGUCGCGAUAUACGACGGAAGUCUUACUUUAUAUGCUCUUUUGGGGUGGUAUGGUGGCUGGAACAUUUGCAACGAUUGUCCAUCAUGGAAAGCAAUAUGUCGACAAACCGAGACUCACUUAGUAUUUUUUGCGAAAAAAAUUAUCGGUUCAUUCGAAUUGUUGAAGGAAAUCAUGGUAUAUUGUAAUUAUGUGUCAUGGAAUCAUUGUACUUUUUUUUGAUUUAUAUAAUAUAAUAUAUAUACAGGUUA